GCAAAGCGAGCGCAGUAUAUAUCUCGUAUGUACACGGUCGUCACACAGUGUCCACUUCGAGCAAAGUGCAUUAUAGAAAUAGCCCUAUACUCUCCGACUGCUGCACUGUGUUGGUUUUGUUUUGGCGAAUAAUUCUGCGAGCUUUCGCUCUCUGUCUCUGGUACAUCCGAGUUACUACGAGUCGCAUCCGAGAUAUGUCGUUACUUUUGCUGUGCACGUAAACACGCGCCCGUGUGUGUGUGUGUGUGUCCUUGUGUACGCGUAGUACAUGAUCGAAGGAGUCAAGGGCUAGGGAUUAUAUACGCAGCCACACAGCUGAGCAGCGUCCGCAGGAACUGCGCGCCCCCGUAGAUCGAACUCUUAUAUAGCGCUUCUGCGAAGCAGCGACAACCGUCACAAUCUUCAAAAUCAGCGACAGACAAGUUUGUCGUCGGCUCCGUCGGGUUCGUCGUCAUCGUCGUCGACGCCGCCGUCGACGUUGCCGAGGAGCAGGAGGGAGCAUGGCGGAGUCGAGCAGCGAGGCCGCCUCGUCGAGCGCUGGCGGAGCGGUGAACGUGGUGCCCGUCGUCGCCACGGCCGCCACCAACACCACCACCACCAGCACCGAGUCCGGCAGCACCCAGCAGCAUCAGGCCAGCGCGGCGACCGUAGCAGCCCCCAACGAGCCCGACAAAUCCGAGGAGUUCCUCGAGCCCCAGAGGAAGCAUCGCAAGCUGAUCGGCGGCCAGUGCGCCUCCGAUCAGGAGGGCUCCUCCGCGGCGGCGAGCUUCGGCGAGCUGAGCAAGUCCGAGCAGAAGCUGGAGCACAGGCUCGGCGGCAUACUCUGCUGCGUCGUGUGCUUCGAUUUACCCCGAGCAGCUGUCUAUCAGUGUACCAAUGGACAUUUGAUGUGCGCUGGGUGUUUCACUCAUGUUCUAGCUGAUGCUAGACUUCGUGAUGAGCUGGCUACAUGUCCCAAUUGUAGAAUUGAAAUAAGUAAAACAUCAGCAUCUCGGAAUCUUGCUGUUGAAAAAGCUGUUUCAGAGUUGCCAGCAGAAUGUCAGUAUUGUACAAAGGAAUUUCCAAGAAAUUCGUUAGAGCGACAUGAAGAAACCCUGUGUGAAGAAAGGAUAUCAAGUUGUAAAUUCAGCAGAAUUGGCUGUCCAUGGCGAGGACCUAAUCAUGAAAGACCAGAACAUGAGGAACAUUGUGUUCAUCCGCAUCGUACGGGAGCAGAUGUGAUGGAUGCUUUGCGUGACAUAGAUGCUAAAAGUUUAGAAGAACGAAAACUUUUCGAUAAUGUCUUUGAACUUCUAUCAUACGAAAAAAUAACUUUUAAUGAUUUGCAGAUGAAACCAUAUCGAACAGAUGAGUUUGUACACAAGCUAUUUUAUGAAACUUCUCGUUUCACAGCUUUUAACAAUCAGUGGGUUGUUACUGCAAGAAUCAAUAACAGUCAACGAGAUCCAACUCAGAGUGCUGAACGUGAUAUGACUUAUCAGCUAAUUUUGAAAACUAAAACUACUUGUCCUCUACCCAUGCAUUACCUCAUCUUAAAAGGACCGUUUGGUGACAUGAAAGUACAACCACGAAUUCACAGAUAUGAUUUUACAGACCAAGACAAUGAAAGUCCAUAUAUGCCCUUACCAUUGCCUGAUACAGCUGAAUGCAACAGAUUAUUAGCCGCUAAAGCUAUAAAUUUUCGACUUAUCAUGUUCUUGGCUUCAAAGUAAAGCGCCACUGAAUGUUGUUUCGAGUUCACUUGACUGAAAAUCUUCAUGUCAUGUUUCUCAGAUGCAAGACAAAAACUGUAUGCUUCAAGAUACUUAUGAAGAAAAAUAUCAAAUAUGUAUCAAUGUAUAAUUGAUAUGAUGUGGUGCACAUAUGUGGAUGAAAUUAUUUAUUCUGUACUAAAUUAUAUUAUACUAUAGUAACGAAAUAAAUU